AUGAAGAAGUAUUGCGCCAAGAGUUGUGGAUUUUGCUUCAAGCCACCACCAACGGAGGUCACGGAAGCAAGCACAGUUCUGCCUACGUUGACUACAAAUCCACCCUUCAUCACAUUCUGGAGGACAUCAACACCAAGCCCACGAGGAAGAACUGGGACCACGUCAUUUACCACAUCUGAGCCUUCGACGUCACAUUCAUGCAAGGAUCGUAAACAUUUCUGUCAGCAUUGGAAAAUGGCAGGAUUUUGCGAAGGAAUUUUCAUGAGCUACAUGAAGAAAAACUGUGCUGCUUCUUGCGGAAUGUGC